CCGCCGCUUCGUUCUAUGACCAUGGGAGCGCAGCCUCCGCCACUCGGCUUCAGGCAGGACAUUUACGCCCCUGAACUAUCCGCGCCGUUCUACGCAGGCCGUCCUCCCCCACUGCCAGCUGGCGCUAUGCGCCCCAACCCGCCGAACGCACAGCAAUGGAAUAUCCAGGGAGGCCCCGCGGAUAUCCGGCGGUUCCGCUCGACGCCAAAUCAGGGCGGGAGCUACAGUGAUUCUGAGUCGGGGCAGGGGGUGCGUCGGGUCCCCAGGACGCCUGCAGCGGCGAGGAGACCCGGGAGCGUAGCUGCUGUCGAUCCUGCUGCAUGGGCGCGACUUGUCUUGGACGCGGCGAAUGGGAAUAGGAUUUAGUCAUAAUAGAGCAUGAUCUUUCACGACCUCGGACUUUGCUGGGAUAUAGGACCCAGUUGUACACAUGGACUCUUGUCGCAUGAUGCUGGGUAGUUGCUUGCGUUGAUCUGUCCCGAGAGGGAUUUAGCUUAGCAUGUAUAUUUGUAGUCUCUUUGUUGCGCUGCCCUGGCUUUGCAACAGAAGCGGUAGCUAUCGCAAUAUCGUGUGGUUGGCAAUGCAAAUGUAUAACAUGCUCAGAUUGUA